AUGGGGCCGGCGGGGCUCUGCUUUUCCGGCUCGGGAUCGGGGUUGAGCAGAAGGGUGACCCGCAGUGCUGCUGACGGGCGUCGGGCUGUUCGUACGGCCCAGCAGGACGCCUUGGAGGAGGUGGGAAAUCUCUGCCUGCUGGAGAAAGCGAAGCAAAAGCUGCGAGGGGACGCGCGGUGCCUGCUGGUGUGUCCGCACGGACACUUGGUGAGAACUUCCUGCCUGGAGAUUAACAGUGAGGACAUACGAGACCUUCUAGGGGCCGAUACCAAGCACAUGUUGGAGCUGAAGGAGCAUCUGGAGAAGGGGCUGUGCGUGGAGGGGCUUUCCCUGCACCCUUUGCAUGGUGUGGUGCAGUGUGAGCAGAUUGUGGAGGACUGGAGGAACACUGUGAUGAACAAGGACUCUUCCAGCUCCAUCUUUACCAUCUGUGUGGAAAUCUGCACCAUAGAUGAGAGAGGGCAGGACCAUCUUAGGGCAGCAAAAGUUAAUAUAGUGGACCUGGCGGGAAGCAGGAGACAAAGUGGAACUACAGGAGAGCAGAGCAAAGAGGCCACCAAAAUCAACCUUUCCCUCUCUGCCUCAGUCCUCGUUGAUGGCAGGUGCAAACACAUCCCCUACUGUGACUCAAAGCUGACCAGGCUGCUGCCAGGCUUCCUGGGAGGGGAUACCAAGGCCCUGAUGGUAGCAUGCUUAUCAGCUGACAACAGCUAUGAUGAAGCUCAGUGUCUCAGUACUGUGCGCUAUGCAAAUCGAGUGAAAAACAUCAACAAGUCCUGUAUCAGGGAGGACCCUAAGGAUGCUCCGCUGAGAUAUCAGGAGAAGAUUAAGAAGCUGAAGGCCAUUCUAGCUGAACAAAUGAAUGUGAAUAACUUGUCAGAUAGGAAAACCUCAGUGACCUUAGAACUGCUUUGGCUUCCACCUGCCAAGGCUGCUCACUUGGAAGGGAAGCGAGCUCCCUCCUCCCAGUUAGAUGUUGAAGCAGAGAAGCAGCUGAUCAGAGAAGAGGAUGAAGAGAUGCUGGCUCAACUAAGUCAGCAUGAAGCAAAGCAGAAGUCCCAUGCCUGCCUUGAAGAGGGCAUCAGUAACCUGAGGAUCUGCUGUGGUCUCAAGCUGUCUGCCCUUGAGGAGAACCUCAGGAAGGAAGGAGGUGUGGAUACUCCUGCUGCAGCAGAUGAAGAACUGCCAUCAGUCAAGGUUGCCUUCAGUCCACUUCUCCCUCCUAUGCUGAAGAAACCCAGGACAGCAAAUCUCCCAAGGAGUCGCUAUUUCUGUAUGGUGUUGUCUCAAGCAUUGUUCAAGUACGGAAGUUCAUCUUUCACAGCUACACAAAUGCUUCCUUGUAAUGCUCAACUAAGAGAAGCACUUGUGUUUUCCAGGCUGCAGAUGCUAGAACAAGUGGUAAGGGGAGAAGAGGCUGAAAACGAGGACCUCGAGGAGAAGCAUAACACUAGAAAGUUUGCAAAUGAGCAGAGGAUGCAGCUGGUGACCGUGCUGCAGAAAUCCGAUGAUGACAGCAGUGAUUUGGUUCUGCUUAAUGUCCACGACUCCGUCCAGGAGGAGGUUUGAGACAAGAGCAAACUUCUGGAGAAGAUACAGAAGAAGUUGCGAGCUGCUGAGACAGAAAUCAAAGAUCUGCAGUCAGAGUUUGAGCUGGAAAAGAUUGGUUAUCUCAGCACCAGUCGCAGUCUGGAGCAAGACAUGAGGCUCUUCCAGCAGCUGCUGAAUCAGGUGCAGUUCCUCAUCCAGUGGGACUGCAACUACAGCAAUGUGAAGAUCAAGUGCAAGUCUGUCUGGGAUGAGGAGUCUGGCUGCUGGAAAAUUCCAGAGCCUGACAUUGCAAGAAAAAACAAAACACCUGCCCGUAGGUAAGAGGAGUAUCGGGGUCACAGUGCCAUUCCAUGGCUUCUCCUGGGCUCACCAGCAGGUCAAUAAAUGGCAAUUGGACCACACUCACUUCUGUCAUCUUCUGCGUACAGUGGAGGCUUCUGCCUUCCCGCCAAGUCUGAAUAACAACUUAAUGAGGACAAAACUCGCUGGGGCUACACAAAAAAUUUGGGCAAGCAGGUGAUACAAACUGGGGAGCUGGCAUAGGAUUCCCUGCUAAGCUGUCCAUUCUCUGCGUGCCUUCGGUAGGGAGUGAAUUUGCCAUUACUGUUUAAACAAAUCAGAUGCCCUUUUUAAAGCUGUUCCUCCUAGGAUCUCAAAUCACUUUGAUGUUAAUGAAAAAGCC